AUGUCAGACUACUCUCGAAUGCAAGAACAGGACCCAAGCCUCCUGUAUGUAGACGACGCAGGACGUUACCCGACAAGCCCCCGUCCUCGCCCUCGUCAACGAUCUCAUGCGAGCAACCCGAGUGUCCAGCCCAGCUGGAAUUCCAACUUCUUUCCUCCGCCGAACCCGGCAUUCCUCACACCCCAAACACCUAUGCCAACAUACAUGCCCGUGCAAUCCCCACCGCCUUCGCAAGGCAGGUCGGUCAGCACGUCUCAGCAGCCCUCCUCGCAGGUCAUGGAACCCGUCUCCGUGCAGACCCCAGAGGAAUACUACCAGGAGCCACAUUCUUUCCAGUAUCAGGACCAAGACCAGGAGCCGCGGUAUCAAGAUCAGGAGCAGGAGUAUCAAGAUCAGGAGUACACGGAGCAGAGUGCGGAGCACAUGGACUUCACUGCUGGAGAUAUUGAGGCGGGCCAGCAACAGAAGAGCAAGAUGGGCUUCGUCGGUGGUUUCGUCACCCAGCUCAAGAACCUACCCAAAGCAAUCACUCGAAACCCGCUGCGCGAACGCAAAACGCUCAGGAAGGGGCCCACUGUCCUUUACAAUUUAGAUGACCCUGCACCGCGUUACGAAGGUCCUGGGCAACCUGGGCCGUCGAAUGUGCAAUACGUAGACGCCAUGAACAUGCCGUCGGGGCCGCCGAUGUCUGACCCAGUCUCGUACGCGGAUCCCAAUGAUGAGCAAUUCACCGAUGUCCACCUCGACAAUCCUCAUAGCGAGGAACACAUCCCAUCCCACAAUGGCAUACCUGCGCCGGCUCCGCUAGGCAGCCCCGUCCCUGUCGAGCCACGACUCACCGCCGACUACGCUAAGAUGGAAUCGCCCGUGCGCACCGCGCCGCCCGACGACUCGUUCAGCGCGCACAUCACGCGCAUCCAUAAUUUCCUUGUCGACCUGAAGAACCUGCCGUGGUUCUCGCCGCGCGUUACGAUCGACUACUAUCCCGAAAAGUCGCCGCGCGCGCGCGACCCGAAGGUGAAGUCGGGUUCAUGGUACACGACGCGGGAACAUCAGCAACUCGACCUGCUCGAGACCCCAGCGACCCGCAAAGCAGAGAUCCCACGCAGCUACGAUGACCAUUCGCUGCGGCGGCCGCGGACCCCUUCGGCGCUGUCACACGGAGAGAGCAGCUGCCCGUCGGCGCGCCGCCAGAGGAGGCACACAGGCAGCUCGCGCAGUCAUGCCAUGUCGUCUCCGGUGUCGUCUCACGGGCGCAGACAGUCGCACUUCAGCAACAACGGCGCACAACCCGUGUUCCUAUUCCCAUCUCCUGUUGGAUCUCCUCAUUUGCCCCAUAUCUCGUCUUUGAACGGCCUUAUGGGCGACCUCGAUGGCAAGAGCCCUAUCCAGAUGUAUAUGGUGCCGGCCGGCUCACCGGUGAUGAUGCGGCAUUUAUCCCCACCUCCUGUCUCGCACCCGCCGACCGCAAUUCAAUUCUCCAGCAUGUCCUCAACAGGCCCGCUUUCUAAUGCGGGCGAUACUAGCAUGGCAAAUAUUUACUAUCACUUAUUGUCUCUCCUUCAAUUCAUGGACAGCUUCCGAGGGAGUCGGACGAAGCUGGACGAGCUCACGCGAACUGAUUUCUGGUUUGCAGAUGGCAACAUCGUUCUUGUUGCAGAGCAUGCGGCUUUUAAGGUCCACUGUGGUCAACUACAGCGCCACUCGGAGGUUUUCCGCGACCUCUUUUCAAUCCCACAACCGCCGGAUGAGGAGUUAAUUGACGGUUGUCCCUGGGUCGAGUUGCACGACUCUCCAUAUGACGUCCUAAAUCUGCUCAGCGCGUUGUAUGACGGUCUCUAUUUCACCAAGUCAUCUGCUGUGGCUUUCCCUGCUAUUGCCGGUGUCUUGCGUCUCUCUACCAAGUACAUGAUAGAGCACCUCCGCCAACGUUGUCUGGCGCGCUUACAGCUAGACUGGCCUUCCACCCUGGUCGGCUGGGACAAUCGCGAGAAGCAAGCUACGGACUGCUUUGGACGCUACAUUCCUCGCGAGAGCUUUCCUCAUCCCAUUCUCGUCAUCCAACUGGCACGCGAGCUCGCUCUCGACGAAUUGCUUCCUGCUGCUUUCUAUGAUGUCUCUCGCUAUGGACCUCGUAAAAUCGUCGCCGGAACUACCGCGCCCCAGCGAACUCUGCCUGUGAUCCCAGGCUGGCCAACGACCUCGCUUCCUAAGCCUUCGGAAGAACCCGUGCGCAUCACCCUAUCCCACGAAGAGCUAUACACAACCCUCGUCGGUCGCGAGGCGGGCCAGCGUUAUCUCGCUGCUUUCAUCGACAAAGAGCUCAACUCGCGAAGCAUAUCUGCCGCUUGCACCAACCAGACCCACGACAGCGGACGCGUCUGCCGCGAGUCGUUCUAUUUCAUCAUGCUCAACAUCCUACGAUCGGUGGGCGGCAUCGCAUGCGGUCGUGAUGCAGACCCCAUGUUCAGCCUCGUGCAAGCGGUGGAGAUGCUAUCCCGAACCGACUUCUCUGAUGGCGUCAAGCAAUGUGGACUGAAGAUCUGUACGGCUGACAGUGGAAUUCUACCUUACAACUCAAACGGUAACAGACGAGUAAAGAUUAAACACCUGAAAGACGGGAAUAUGCGACUGGGGAAGGCUAACGAUGAGGUAGAGAAGUUGCGCAACAAAUAUUCAAAGGCCAAAGAAGCGAAGAAGGACUUACGGAAUGGAGAGUACCGGAAGUACUAUCAUUACAUGAAGGGUUGGGUGCCGAUAUUUGAUCGUCCGGAAAACGCACAUCUCGUGCCUUGUAUGCACGAUGUACCUACGCUGGGAGUUGAGGCGAUGAAGGCCCUUCGUUAUCCAGGCAUGGCCGCCAUUCGUGAACGCUACGUUUGGAUAACAGAUCAACAUGUAAUAGUGGUGGAACCUCUGUACAAAUACGAUUCCUCGACUUCCUCGUGUGUCAAGAGGACGCCGGAAUGGCAGAACUGGAUCGAUCAGAUUCGCGAAGUAUUCGUGCAAGACCAAGAAGGUGGAGAUUGGAGAUAUGCCGGGAGGUACAAAUUCACACAGUUUCCCGUGUUGCUGCGUAAACAGGCGAGGGCGCUAGAUCCAUCUAUCCUGAAAGCUCUGACAAGAGUAACUAUGAGCGAUGGUGUUCCCUCACACUUUAGGUCCCGAGUUCAUAAAGAGUACAAGUAUGGCAACGUCGCCGUCGCCUGCGUCGGGAUUCAGUGCGUUGGCUACAGCAAGGAGUUGCUGGAUCUACUACUCGUGGACUACCAUCCAAAGGUCGUGUCUCAAGAGGACCCCUCGACGUCACGAGACCGCAACGACGAUCGACGUGACUCUGCAUCCGGCGGCCCUGCAGCACUGAAUAUUGAUGCCGAUGAACCUUCGUCGUCGAAUCCUGUGACUAUUGCGGCUUCCGAAAAGUCCAGGCGUAAUGGUUCCAAGAGAAAGCAUGUUGCUGAAGAAACAGAUGCUGGGACUCUCAGAGCCAAGAGCAAGAGCAAGAAUAAGCGCUCCGAGGGGGGUUAUGAGUACUGCAGUGAAGGGGAAACGCUGGAAGGAGUUCCAGCUACGGCGCAAGGCUUCAGCAUGAUGAACAGCACGUCGUCUGCUGAAGCGCUGAGCUUGAGUACACAUAGAUUGUUUUGGAAGGCUUCCUACAACUGGGUCGGACCAUGCUUCUCCAUUUGA